GCAUCCAUGCAUCCAUGCACCGCUCGUUUGUUACCCCAAAUUCCUCCAUCUUCUUGGGCCCGCACGGGGAGCCCCCGGUGUCACACGCAGGCUUCAUCCUGCUCUCCGUGGUCAUGGCGCUUUUCACCGGGCCGGCCAUUGUGCUCAACGCUACAGUGAUCAUUGUGUCCCUCAUGCACAAGCAGCUGAGGCAACCGCUCAACUACGCUCUGGUGAACACGGCUGUGGCAGACCUGGGCACAGCCAUGACCGGGGGGGGGGGGUUUCUGUCUGUAGUCAACAACGCCCAGGGGUACUUCUCCCUGGGAAGAACAGGCUGCGUGAUGGAGGGCUUUGCAGUGUCCUUGUAUGGCAUCGCAUCUUUGUGCACUGUGGCCCCGAUUGCAGUGGAGAGGAUGUUCGCCAUAUGUAAACCUUUGGGGAAAAUGACCUUCCAAAAGAAGCAUGCAAUUGGGGGUAUCGCCUUGUCUUGGCUGUCGUCCCUAACAUGGAACGCCCCCCCCCCCCCAUUUCUGGGCUGGGGCAGGUACGAGCUGGAGGGCGUCGGGUCGUCCUGUGCGCCCGACUGGCACAGCCGAGUAUCUCGCAAUGUGUCCUACAUCCUGCUUUAUUUCGCUGUGUGCUUUGCUCUUCCUUUCGGCAUCAUCUUGACGUCCUACACUAAAUUAAUGUGGACGUUGCAUUCGGUGGGCUUUCACACAACUGGGCUUGAUAAUGCCAAAAAAACGGCCAAUUAA